AUGUCAACAGAGGAGGAUGGGAAGAAGAAGUUUACCAAGAGAGACGAGCUCCUCAAAAUCGAAAAAAAUGUUCAAAGCUGGUGGGAAGAGGAGCGAAUUUUCGAGGCUAAAGCUCGUAAAAACUCUCCUAAACCAGGAGAAAAGUUCUUUGGGACUUUCCCUUUCCCUUACAUGAAUGGCGUUCUCCAUCUUGGGCAUGCAUUCUCACUUUCAAAGCUCGAGUUUGCCGCAGCUUAUCACAGAUUAAGAGGUGCCAAUGUGCUCUUGCCUUUUGCUUUCCACUGCACUGGCAUGCCCAUCAAAGCGUCUGCCGAUAAACUUGCAAGAGAGGUUCAAGAGUUUGGUUGUCCUCCAGUGUUUCCCAUUAAUGCAGAGCCGGGGAAACAGGAAGAAAAAAGAAAAGGUAUGAGUGCAGGUUCACUUCCGGGUAAGAAGCACAAGGGAAAGAAGUCUAAGGCUGUGUUGAAAUCAGCCGGAGAAGCAUACCAAUGGUUUAUUAUGCGCAAGGGUACUGACCUGCCUGACAGUGAGAUAGAGAAGUUCCAAGACCCAAAACAGUGGUUGACAUACUUUCCUCCGAAGGCAGUGAAAGACCUCAAGGAUUUUGGCUUGGGCUGUGACUGGAGGCGCUCCUUUAUAACCACAGACAUGAACCCUUUCUAUGACGCCUUUGUGAAGUGGCAGGUUAGGAAACUCAAAUCCAUGGGUAAGAUUGUGAAAGAUGUCCGGUAUACAAUAUACUCUCCAAAAGAUGGACAGCCAUGUGCAGAUCAUGAUAGGGCCAGCGGCGAAGGAGUUCAGCCACAAGAGUACACUGUGAUUAAAAUGGAGGUGGUGGCACCUUUUCCUUCAAAGUUGGGAGUGUUGGAGGGGAGGAAUGUGUUCCUUGCUGCCACAAUGUUGAGACCUGAGACAAUCUAUGGACAAACAAAUGCAUGGAUUUUGCCUGAUGGGAAGUAUGGAGCCUUUGAAAUCAAUGAAGCAGAUGUCUUUAUUCUUACUAGGAGAGCGGCACUCAAUCUUGCCUAUCAGAAGUACUCUAGGGUCGUAGAGAAGCCUACUUGCUUGGUUGAAAUAAAUGGUAACGACUUGAUAGGCCUUCCAUUGAAGUCUCCACUUGCACCGAAUCAGAUAGUUUAUGCACUUCCCAUAUUGACCAUCCUAGCAGACAAUGGUACUGGGAUAGUGACCAGCUUGCCUAGUGAUGCUCCUGAAAUGAUGGCCUGGCGCGAUUUAAAAUCAAAACCUGCUUUGAGGGAAAAAUAUGGUGUGAGGGAAGAAUGGAUCAUGCCCUUUGAAGGAAGGAAAGUUGAGGAGGCUGAACCACUAACAAGGAGCAAACUUAUAGAGGCCAGAGAAGCAUUCAUCUAUAGUGAACCUGAGCAGCGAGUAGUGUCAAGGUCCGGUGACGAAUGCAUUGUGGCGCUUACAGAUCAAUGGUACAUCACAUAUGGAGAAGCUGAAUGGAAAAAAUUGGCUGAGGAGUGCUUAUCCGGCAUGAGUUUGUAUUCUGAUGAGACAAGGCGUGGAUUUGAACACACAUUGGGGUGGUUGAAUCAGUGGGCUUGUUCACGAUCUUUCGGACUUGGGACUCGUAUCCCAUGGGAUGAAGAAUUCUUAGUUGAGUCUUUGUCGGAUUCAACUAUUUAUAUGGCUUAUUACACCAUUGCUCACUUCUUACACAAUGGAAAUAUGUAUGUUGGCAGCAACUCAGAAGUUAGACCUGAACAUAUGACUGAUGAGGUUUGGGAUUUCAUUUUUUGUGAAGGUCCAAAACCUAAAUAUUCGGUAUUGAUACAUCAAUUCUCUUCAGACCGAAAGAAACAACAAAAUACAUCAAUUCUUGAUGAGAUGAAGCAAGAGUUUCAGUAUUGGUAUCCCUUUGAUCUUCGAGUGUCCGGAAAGGAUUUGAUUCAAAAUCACCUAACCUUCUGUAUAUAUAAUCAUGCAGCCAUUAUGGCCAAGAAGCACUGGCCGCGCGGGUUUAGGUGCAAUGGGCACCUAAUGCUCAAUGCCGAAAAGAUGUCCAAGGCCAAAGGGAACUUCAAGACACUUGCCGAGGCAAUAAACGAAUUUUCUGCUGAUGCCACACGAUUCUCUUUGGCUGAUGCAGGGGAUGGUGUUGAAAACGCAAACUUUGACUCUGAGACUGCAAAUGCUGCAAUCUUGCGGCUCAAGAAAGAGAUGGACUGGAUGAAAGAGGUCUUGAAACAAGAGCAUCAUUUGAGAACGGGUCCACCAUCUACAUUUGCUGACAGAGUCUUUGCAAAUGAGAUUAAUAUUGCUGUCAACAGAACUGAGAAGAAUUACCAGGCUUACAUGUUCCGAGAAGCGCUUAAGACCGGGGUGUAUGAUCUUCAAGCUGCAAGGGAUGAGUAUAGGUUUUCAUGUGGCACUUUGGAGGGCAUGAACCGUGAUUUGGUUUGGCGUUUUAUGGAUGUGCAGACGCGUCUUAUUACUCCAAUAUGUCCACACUACGCAGAACAUGUCUGGAGAAAAAUUUUGAACAAGGAAGGGUUUGUGGUAAAAGCAGGAUGGCCUGUGGCUGAUGCUCUAGAUAUAACCCUCCAAAGAGCCAAUAAGUACUUGCAAGCGUCCAUUCUUUUAAUCAGAAAGCUGUUUCACAAGAAAAGUUCCAAGAAGGUGGCAGAUGAUCACAGGAAACAGCUCAGAGGCUUGAUUUAUGUAAAUGAACAAUUUGAUGGGUGGCAGGCGAAGUGCUUGACGAUACUCAAGAGUAACUUUGACUCCGAUAAUCGCAGUUUUUCUUCAGACAUUGACAAGGUGAUACAGGAGGCAUUGCCUACAAUUUGUGUUGGUGAGUUGAAAGAUUUGAAGGAAAAGCUAAAAGAGUGUAUGCCUUUCAUAAAGUUGAAGAAGAAUGAGGCAAUUGCACUUGGGGCUCAGGCCUUGGAAUUGAGGCUACCGUUUGGAGAGAUUGAGUUCCUUCAAGACAACUUGGAUUGGAUAAAGAGACAAGUUGGUCUUGAAGAGGUUCAAGUUUUAUCGGCCUCCAAUCAUGAUGAUAGAGCUUUAGCUGGUUCUCAUGCUGAACAGAUGGAGCAGAAUCCUCCAGUCCCUGGAAGGCCAACUGUCAUCUUCAUUGAGUAAUGUUCAUCUGCAAUUUUCAUAGAGCCUUUUUGUUAGGUUAUUUUACUCAACUUGUAUGUUAGGUUUUUGUUUUUGUAAUUCUACUUUAGCAUGGAGCCAUGGAUU